ACUCGAUCAAGAGUUUCCUCUCAACAAAGGAUGGGCUUUGAAAGAGAACCUAAAACUUGGUAAUAAGGGUGGGGGAAAAAGUAUAUCAAAAAAGGUGGUUCAGUAUUUACAAGGUUACUUUUUGACUGGAAACUUGAGAGCCGUGGAUUGUUAUUUACCUGAAAAUAUGCAUACCUGUUUAGAAGAACUUGUUGCAAAAGGAGAAAUUGCCUUGGAAGAAAUACCAACAGUAAAAGCUAUCAAAGGUGCCAAUUUCAAGAAAGAAGUAUCAGAGCGAGCAUUGGUAGAGAAUAAUAAGGAAAAUAUAAAUAUUGAAGGAAAUGUUGAA